AUGGCACCCACAACGGGGUCCUUUUCUUUGGGCAACGGCGUCGCAUCGCAACCAAAGAAAGUUGCCUACUUCUACGACUCCGACGUCGGCAACUAUGCCUAUGUAGCAGGACAUCCCAUGAAGCCCCACCGCAUACGGAUGGCGCAUAGUUUGAUUAUGAACUAUGGCCUGUACACUAAAAUGGAGAUUUAUCGCGCAAAGCCGGCUUCAAAAUACGAAAUGACGCAAUUUCAUACCGACGAAUACAUCGAAUUUCUGCACAAGGUCACGCCCGACAACAUGGAGAGCUUCACGCGCGAACAGAGCAAAUACAACGUUGGAGACGAUUGUCCCGUCUUCGACGGUCUUUUCGAGUUCUGCGGCAUCAGCGCCGGCGGAACCAUGGAGGGCGCUGCACGCUUGAAUCGAGGAAAGUGCGAUGUCGCCGUCAACUGGGCCGGAGGACUGCAUCACGCGAAGAAGAGCGAAGCCAGUGGUUUCUGCUAUGUCAACGACAUCGUCUUGGGUAUCAUCGAACUGCUCAGAUACAAGCAGCGUGUGCUGUACAUCGAUAUCGACGUUCACCAUGGAGAUGGUGUCGAGGAAGCCUUCUACACGACCGAUCGCGUCAUGACCGUCUCAUUCCACAAGUACGGCGAGUACUUCCCCGGUACUGGCGAACUACGCGACAUCGGUGUCGGCAGCGGCAAGAACUACGCGGUCAAUUUUCCCCUUCGCGAUGGUAUCACCGACGACACCUACCGCGACAUCUUCGAGCCUGUCAUCCAGGCUGUCAUGACAUACUACGGUCCAGAGGCUAUUGUCCUGCAAUGCGGUGGUGAUAGUCUUUCCGGAGACAGGCUUGGUUGCUUCAACCUAAGCAUGAACGGCCACGCCAACUGCGUCAAGUACGUCAAAAGCUUUGGUGUUCCAGUCAUUGUACUCGGAGGUGGUGGCUACACCAUGAGGAACGUCGCCCGAACUUGGGCCUACGAGACAGGAGAGCUCGUCUCGACAAAGAUGUCCAAGCAGCUGCCUUUCAACGACUACUAUGAAUAUUUUGCUCCCGACUACGAACUUGAUGUCCGACCGUCAAACAUGGAGAACGCAAACUCUCAUGACUACCUGCACAAGAUCAAAUCAGCCGUCAUCGACAACAUUAGGAGGACCGGAAAGCCCUCGGUUGAGGCCUUUACUAACAUACCGGACGCCCCUCCUAAUUUGUAUCGCGCGGCGGACUCCGAUGCUGAAGAUGAAGAAGAAGAUCUUGAUGCCGACGAGAACAAGGACGUACGAAAGACACAACUUUCACAGGACAAGCAGAUAGCGCAUGACGGCGAGAUGUACGAUGAAAGCGACGACGAAGACUACAAAAACAGCCUUGGGGUGCGCGCUCAGCCCGGUACCAAGAAGAAGCGGAAUAUCACCGACUUCCCAAAUCCCAACGCUGCCCCGGCGGACGAUCUGGACGGUAUGGAAGAGAUCAAUGGUGAAAGUGCUGUGUCAACACGCCAAGCAUCUGCAGCCGUGAAGUCGCGCACACAAACUCCCGCCACUGGCGAGCAAGAAGCUGAUGAGGAUGGUGACAUCAACAUGGAUGCACCGCCUGCUGCGCCUGCUCCCGCCGAUGACUCAGCACAGUCGCAAUCGCCUGCAGGAGGUGUUGUGACCCCACCUGAAUCUCCACCUACCGCACCAACAGCAAUGGCACCUACCUCUGCUCCAACGGCGGAUGUCGAGAUGGAAGGCAAUGACGAUAAGGAGGAGAUUGCCGCAUCCAAGGAAGAGGGUCAAGCAGAACGCGAUUCAGAAAACGUCAAGGGCGAAGUCCGGACCGAGGUUGCUAAGGACUAA